ACUCGGCAGGAUUCCGGGCGUCAUCGGGUGCAUCGACGGGACGAUGAUCAGCAUCGUCGGCCCGUCCAAGUACGACCCCACCGUCACGAAGGCUGCGUAUUGGUGCAGGAAGCAGUACUACGCCCUUAACGUGAUGGUGGUGUGUGACGCCCGCUGCCGGGUAAUGUGCAUCGACCUAUGCUACCCAGGGUCGGUGCACGACUCCUUUGCCUGGCGCUUCUCCUGGCUCCGCGACAACUUCGAGCAAGGCCGGCUCAUCGACGAUGGCAGGUUCCUGCUUGGAGACAGCGGCUAUGCCUUGGAACCUUGGCUCAUCACCCCUGUCCCUGGGGUGCACACAACCUCCACCGCCAGCGGCCGGUUUAACAAGGCACAUUCCUCGAUGAGGUCCGUUGUGGAGCGCUGCAUUGGGCUGCUGAAAUCCAGAUUCCGGUGCCUGCAAAGGCACCGGGCUCUGUAUUACCAUCCAACAACAGCCACCGCCAUUAUAACGGCGUGUGCAGUGCUCAACAAUAUAUGCCUUGCAUCGAUGGAGCCAGAACCGGAGCCAGAUGCCGACUCUGACAGUCCAGACUCGGACUCUGGGUCGAGCUCGGACGAUUCUGAGCCGGGCUCGGCGGGGUUAGAGCCAGAAGGUGGCGGGCAGGUUCCUGCCCACCUUCCGGUGCGCCUCUCGGACAGGGGGAAGGCUCUGAGGCAAGGCCUUGUGUCCCAGUUCGAGACCUGCCAAAGCCGUGCCGUCGCGGGGCCCUCUGCAGGCCGCUCUGGCAGUUCCUCACGCCAACAGCGGCGGCGCCACCAAGGAGUCCGUCGUCGAUCUAGCCUCUCUGGCAGUCCUGCCGUCCAGGGAGGCCAGCGACGACAGGGAGCCCCUCGUCGUCAUCGUCGCCACCAUGCCGGCAGUUCCGCAAGGGCUGAGGUGCCGUGAAUACCCAAGGCCCCCAUCAGCACCCUUGGUGCCAAGGGAGCUCCCCGUAGAAGUGCAUAAAACUCUCUCCAGUCCACAGUCACGACGGUUCAUGAACUGCGCAGUCUCUUCAGCUCCUGCUCCUCACAGUUUUCAGCACAGCCAUUGUGCAACCCUCGCAGAAGGAUGGUGCUGCUUCCGAAAUAUGUAUUUUGGGAUUUUA